CCCAGCGCCCAGGCCAUGAAGGAGGAGGCCUUUCUCCGCCGCCGCUUUUCACUGUGUCCGCCUUCCUCCACCCCCCAGAAAGUCGACCCCCGGAAACUCAGCCGGAACCUGCUCUUCGGUGGAGAGAAUGAGCUCUACCCCCUCAGCCCAGGGAAGGACACGGAGCCCAAUGGCCCAUCGCUGCCGAGGGAUGAAGGGCCCCCGACGCCAGGCUCUGCCACAAAGGGGCCACCGGCAGAAUACAGGCUGUACAAUGGGUCCGACAAGGAAUGUAUGUCCCCAACAGCCAAGGUCACCAAGAAGGAAGCUCUCAAGGCACAGAAAGAGAACUACCGGCAGGAGAAGAAGCGAGCCACGAAGCAGCUGUUCAGCGCCCUGACGGACCCCAGCGUGGUCAUCAUGGCUGACAGCCUCAAGAUCCGGGGAACCCUGAAGAGCUGGACCAAACUGUGGUGCGUGCUGAAGCCGGGGGUACUGCUCAUCUACAAGACGCCCAAGGUGGGCCAGUGGGUGGGCACGGUCCUGCUGCACUGCUGUGAGCUCAUCGAGCGGCCCUCCAAGAAGGACGGCUUCUGCUUCAAGCUCUUCCACCCGCUGGACCAGUCCGUCUGGGCCGUGAAGGGCCCCAAGGGCGAGAGUGUGGGCUCCAUCACGCAGCCCCUCCCCAGCAGCUACCUGAUCUUCAGGGCCGCCUCUGAGUCGGACGGCCGCUGCUGGCUGGACGCCCUGGAGCUGGCCCUGCGAUGCUCCAGCCUCCUGCGACUCAGCACGUGCAAGCAGGGCCGUGACGGGGAGCCCGGAUCCUCGCCAGACGCAUCACCCCCCUCACUCUAUGGGCUGCCCCCCUCGGCCACCACCCAUGACCAGGAUCUGUGCCCGCUGAACGGGUCCUCCCUGGAGAACGACGCUUUCUCGGACAAGUCGGGGAGAGAGAACGCCGAGGAGUCGGACAACGAGAUUCAGGACCACAGCGGGAAGACCAACGAGAGCGGGAGCGCCCGGUCGGAGACCCUGGAGGGCCCCGCGCCAAGGGGGACCGCGUACGUGGAGCAGGCCCACGAGGAGUUUGGGGAGCUGGGCCAGGCGUCCCAGGUAGAGACUGUGUCGGAAGAGAACAAGAGUCUCAUGUGGGUCCUGCUGAGGCAGCUGCGGCCGGGCAUGGACCUGUCCCGCGUGGCGCUGCCCACGUUCGUCCUAGAGCCCCGCUCCUUCCUCGACAAACUCUCUGACUACUACUACCACGCCGACCUGCUGUCCAGGGCUGCUCUGGAGGGGGACGCCUACAGCCGCAUCAAGCUGGUGCUACGGUGGUACCUGUCUGGUUUCUACAAGAAGCCCAAGGGGAUCAAGAAGCCCUACAACCCCAUCCUGGGGGAGACCUUCCGCUGCUGCUGGUUCCAUCCCCAGACCAACAGCCACACCUUCUACAUAGCGGAGCAGGUGUCCCACCAUCCUCCCGUGUCCGCCUUCCACGUCAGCAACCGGAAGGACGGCUUCUGCAUUAGUGGCAGCAUCGCGGCUAAGUCCCGGUUUUACGGGAACUCGCUGUCGGCCCUGCUGGACGGCAAGGCCACACUCACCUUCCUGAACCUGGCAGAGGACUACACCCUCACCAUGCCCUACGCCCACUGUAAAGGGAUCCUGUAUGGCACCAUGACCAUGGAGCUGGGCGGGAGAGUGACCGUCGAGUGUGAGAAGACCAACUUUCAAGCUGAGCUGGAAUUCAAGCUCAAGCCUUUCUUUGGGGGCAGCACCAGCAUCAACCAGAUCUCGGGGAAGAUCACGUCAGGGGAGGAGGUCGUGGCACGUCUCAGCGGGCACUGGGACCGAGAAGUGUUCCUCAAGGAGGAGGGCCGAGGAAGCAUGGAGCUCUUCUGGAACCCGAGCGGGGAAGUCCGGGGGCAGAGGCUGAAGAGGCACACGGUGCUGUUGGAAGACCAGACAGAGCUGGAGUCGGAGAGGCUCUGGCAGCAUGUCACCAGGGCCAUCGGCGAGGGCGACCAGCACAAGGCCACGCAGGAGAAGUCUUCACUGGAGGAGAUGCAGCGGCAGCGGACCCGCGAGCGCCAGCAGAACCUCGUGCCCUGGAAACCACAGCUGUUCCGGCUGGACCCCGCCACCCAGGAGUGGCGCUACCGGCAUGAGGACCGUAGCCCCUGGGACCCCCUGAAGGACAUCGCCCAGUUUGAGCAAGAUGGGGUCUUGCACACAGUGCGGCGGGAGACCAUGGCCCACCAGACCACCUUCCUGGGCAGCCCGGGGCCCAGGCACCAGGGGCCUGGCCCGGACCGGCGGCUCCGCAAGGCCAGCGACCAGCCCUCCGGCCACAGCCAGGUCACUGAGAGCAGCUCCACACCCGAGUCCUGCCCAGAGCUCUCAGACGAGGAGGAGGAGGGGCCGGACAUCCCAGGCAGCAGGAGCCCGUGCCCACGGUGUGGGAAGGAGGCGCGGCGGCUGCAGGCACUGCACGAGGCCAUCCUGUCGAUCCGGGAGGCCCAGCAGGAGCUGCACAGGCACCUCUCAGCCAUGCUGAGCUCCACGGCAAGGGCUAGGCAGGUGCCGGCGCCAGGCCUCCUGCAGCACCCCCGAUCCUGGUUCCUGCUCUGUGUGUUCCUGGCGUGUCAGCUGCUCAUUAACUUCAUCCUCAAAUGAG